UGCCUCCAAGCUCUGGAUCGGCGGUGCGUGAUAGGCCCCAAUCUUACGCCUCAGGUUUGGCUGGCUGAAAGAAUGGCAUUGGCAGGUGUCUUUCGCCUCCAAGAAGCUGGAUCUCUGCUUUGUGGGGCUGGAUGGGUUUGUGGGGUGCAGAUAUUUGGCAAGAUUUAUGACAGUUGUGAGGAGCUGAUAGAAAUGAGGUCCGACUCGGUUGAUUGCAAGCUCCGUCACCGUUAA